AUGAACAAUUAUAAUGAUAUUCUAUACACCAAUCGUAUGGUUAAAAAUUCACGAGAAAUCAAAGAAAUAUAUGUUUUACAUGCGAUAAACCAUAUUUUAAAAACUAGGAAACAUGUAUUAAAAAAUAAUAGUAAAAUAACAAAAGCUCAAGCUUCCAAUAAAUUUAUUGAGAAGGAAUUACGAGAUCAAGGUUUCACACGUCCUAAAGUUCUUAUCAUAUUACCUUUUCGUAAUUCAGCAUUGGAAGUGGUAGAUAUUAUGAUUAAACUUUCUGGUACUGAUCAACAGGAAAAUCGUAAAAGGUUUUAUGAUUCAUAUGGGCUUACACCUGAUCAAGAAAAAAUCAAUGAAAAUAAACCAGAUGAUUUUUUGGCAACUUUUAGAGGAAAUAUAGAUGAUUUGUUUCGAAUCGGAAUAAAAUUUACACGUAAAUCGAUGAAAUUAUAUUCUAAAUUUUAUUCAUCGGAUAUUAUAGUUGCAUCACCAUUAGGCUUAAGAAUGAUAAUUGGUGAAGAAAAUGAUGAUAAGAAACGUGAUUUUGAUUUUCUUUCAUCAAUAGAACUAAUAAUUUUUGAUCAAUGUGAAUCUUUCUUGAUGCAAAAUUGGGAUCAUGUCGAGGGUAUAUUUAAGCAUUUGAACCUAAUACCUACAUCUGCACAUGAUUGUGAUUUUUCUCGUGUAAAGAAUUGGUAUUUGGAUGGAAGAUACACGUCAACUUCAAAUGUUAAUCGAUCACGUACAUUUUUUUUGGAUGGACAUCAUCCACAAUUUUAUUUAGAAUUAUUAAAUUCACUCGACACCAAUCCCGCUAGUGGUAGUAAUACUACUAGCAACAAUACAUGUAAAGUAUUAUUUAUGAAGUAUGAUCAACUUCGACUAGAAAGGAUUGUCGGUAGUGAUCGUAUAAACCGAAUGAUUUCUUCUACUUCUUCUGGUGAUGAUAAAAAGACUUUUGUUUUUACGUAA